AGUGUGAGCGUCGUGAAAUUAGCCGAAAUACGUACCUACUUGUUGUUCUAUUUUAAUUUACGAGUAUAAUAUUCAUUAUUUCAUUUACUUAUUUGAUUUGAUACACAUAUAAUUUAAUAGGGUAGUAUUUUUAAUUUUCAAAUGUAGUGAAUAAAAAUUGUCAAAAAUGCAUGAAAACAAUCCCACGGACAAUGCGACGGAUUUAAGGUUAUGUCAAGGGCGAGACGAUGAGACAACCCCAAGCACUUCCACUGGUUCAAGAGGUCCACGAGGGAAAAAUGCACAAUAUUACCGUGAUUACAGAGCACGGAAGCGAGCGGAGGAGAAAAAAGAGUCGUUGAAUAGAACUAGUGAUCCUUUUACGACUGCUGAUUCUUCUACAAUUAACGUCGCAGGAUCAGUAGCAUCGAAGAAAAGAAAAUCAGCCGCGGAAUACCAGAGAGAGUACCGAGCACGUAAAAAAGCCAAACGUGACAAUAUACUCAUUGAUUCCCUGGCUGUAAUUCCAUCAACUUCGACGGGGGGAUUUACUACCACUCAUCAAUCAACUAUAGUAGACAAACAAACAACUGCUAGGCCUUCUAUUAAUCCACAAACGACUGCUGGGUCUGCUAUUAAUCCACCAACGACUGCUGGGCCUUCGGCGAGUAGUGAUAUUGCUUUUGCAAAGCCAACAAGAAGGAAAAGACCCGCAGAAUAUCAGCGAGAAUAUAGAGCAAGGAAAAAAGCUCAAAGGGAAUCUACGAGGGCCGCGAAAACCAACGACGGUUCCAUGGAGAUUGCUAAUGAAAAUAUCAGCGAUAUUGGUGACGAAAAUGCAAGUAUAAAUCGCCCGGCUUACGUCUGGCUUAUUCCAACCAAACGGUUGAGAAAUAUAAGAAAGAAAUUCUAGAAAAUCAACCAAAUCAGACAAUAUCCGAGGUUCAUCUCAGGUUGUGACAACGAGGAACAACUUGAAAGUGCACGUAGAGCACUUGAAAAGAAAAAAAAUACCAGCAGACACCGGUGGAUUACUGAAACGUUUGACAUUCGUCCUUGAGCAUCAUAACCACCAACAUUGAAGUUGCUGAUGGAUUAGCCAACGGGGCCAUGUGAAAAUUGGACAGCAUCAAAAGAAAUGAUAACGGAGAAGUUACUCGGGUAUGGUUGAUAUAUCCGAAUUGUGAAAGAUUUGGUAUUUUGGAUGUCUGCGCGUUCACACAUUUUUCAUGGUGCCGCAAUUCUAAGGAGUAUCCCUGCAAACUUCCACGAGUAUCGGCAUAUUUGGGGUAGACAUUUUGAGCGAUAUCCAAAUUCUGAGUCAUUUAGAGGGCAAAGCCAAGUUGGCGUCCAAAAUGCAGGGAGUCCUCAACAGAGCGAAACGGUACUUCACUCCUGGACAAAGACUUGCUUUACAAAGCACAGGCCCGACCUCGCAUGGAGUACUGCUCCCACCUCUGGGCCGGGGCUCCCGAAUACCAGCUACUUCCAUUUGACUCCAAACAGAAGAAAGCCGUUCGGAUUGGAUCGAAAAGAAAACUAGUGGGCUGUGUCUGUGGGUUAAUUUACUCACCGACCCCUUCGUCGCAAGCGACGGGUUCAACGAGAACGCCGACCGGUGCUUGUGGUCUAAAAGCACCGGUAGUAGAUCAGGAGGACCCAAAAGACGGGUUUUCGUGUCGCGCCGCUUCCUAAGAAUCGUGCACUGAUGCUGACUGUAGAUACUUACUGGAGUCUAACUCCAGGUCGUCAUGAAGAUCCACGUUCCUCACGAACCACGAUGCUCCGAUGACUAUCGUGAAAAAACGGGAUUGGAUAACUUGAAGGGGUUUUAAAAUUAGCGCGGCCCGUAUGAGCGAACACUACACUUGCAUAGGUCAGGACGUAUGCAAGUUUUGUAGAGAGAGUCACCUUGUUACGAAGGGAAAAUUUACUUAGCUUGCAAAUCAUCGGAUAGAUGGUGGGAAUGCGACUCGUCCAAGAACAAUCUUCUCGCGCAACCCUUUAUCUGUUUGAGCUCUCAGCAGAAUCUGGUCUGUUUGCAUUGAACCGUUUCCUCUCGGCUUCUACAUUUCCAGUCAAGAUCAGUUUUUUUUUUUUGUUGUUGUUGUUGCUUAGAUGGGUGAACGAGCUCACAGCCCACCUGGUGUUAAGUGGUUACUGGAGCCCAUAGACAUCCACAACGUAAAUGCGCCACCCACCUUGAGAUACAAGUUCUAAGGUCUCAAGUAUAGUUACGACGGCUGCCCCACCCUUCAAACCGAAACGCAUUACUGCUUCACGGCAGAAAUAGGCAGGGUGGUGGUACCCACCCGCGCGGACUCACAAGAGGUCCUACCACCAGUAAUUACGCAAAUUAUAAUUUUGCGGGUUUGGUUUUUAUUACACGAUGUUAUUCCUUCACCGUGGAAGUCAAUCGUGAACAUUUCAUUUGAAAAAUUGGUACCCGCCUGCGGGAUUUGAACACCGGUGCAUCGCUUCAACACAAAUGCACUGGACUUCUUAUCCGUUAGGCCACGACGACUACUAAAAGUCAGUUUUUCGAAUAUUACCUACACAGUUUUCAUAUUAAUUUAUUUUGCCUUAAACAAUACACUUGAAUAUAUUUGCUUAACAAUAACUCGGACAAGAUAUAAUUCUAUUUAAAUUUUAUUUUGUAUGCAAAUGUUACGACGUAAUCAUUGUGUUUGAGGAUACAGGAAAAUACGUCUGAAUAUUUUUCUGUGUGUGUUGUUUGUUCCUCUCGCCUUUACAUUAAAGUCUUAUUGAACAAGUCCGUGAAUCGUGGUCACAUGGUUCGAUGUCGGGUCACUGUCAAUAUCUCUGUUAAAAAUAUUAUUAUUUAUUUAUCAUUAAUUAAUAUUACAUUAGAAAAACUACAAACUACGUACACAGACAAGAACAGAAGGAAAUUGUUACGGUAAUUGAUGGAUUUUUUACAUAAGGAACAGAAUAAUCAAAAUACCUUAAUCCUGACUUGGAGGUGUCGAAUGUGGAGCACCAUAUACCAUACCAAAUCGGGCAAUCUCAAUCCAGGGGUCUUUACUACCCAAAUUGCGCUUUUUUUUAUUUUGACUUUUGCAUCGAAUGAAUGCGAGCCAUGCUAAGAUAGCGGUACAUUUGAAACCCGAUGCUUAUUUUCACUCGUACAAGGUGAGUGGCCGCAGGUGACAAGUAAGGAAAUGUCUCCUGAGCUUAACGUUAACUCUGAGGAAACAAAACCCUUCCUACGUUCGGUUCAAUGUUAUUAGACCAGCAAAAACUGGGAAAAUAAUGGAUUUUAUUAUUUUCACACACAAAGACUCUUCCUUUCGAUCCCUUCAAGGGUUUGUGGAUCAGUAUCUAGUCUGAACGAUAUUUUUUCUGGCAUCUCCCUUCGUUGAUCCAAAUCUCCAGUGAUGUUGGUGCCAUGAUUAGUCGGAUAAAUACAAGCCGAAUCAAAUGACCAGAAGUAUUGGAGAUCACGACCCGCCGGAAGGUUUACAUUCUCUGCGAUCCAAAUGCCCCUCAAAGAUCAGGGAAGGUGUCCAGGAUCGUGACAUCACUAUGCGUUUUGUGCAAUUGACAAUAAUACGCUGGAUUAAGCCGUAAAAAUAACUUUAGUUAUGUAAUCAUCUCGCGAACAUCGAAGAAAAUUCGAAAAGUUGAAAGUGUGUCGCGCUUUUUCCUUGAAUGUUAUCGCCGCAUUCAUAAUUUCAUAGGAAUUUUAUAAGUACGACGUAACGAUAAGAAUGAAGUGUCCAAUGUGGAAUCUACUGCCACUACGCGUUGAAAGAUAAGGUUCAAAAUACACAAACUUGAGAUCGGUGGUUAUUUCUUUCCUACCUAUUCUCUGAUUGCCUAAGGAGCUCUUCUAGCCACGCUCUAACUGGUAGGUAAUCUCACGGGGUCAAAUUGAGAGAUUUUGUUAACAUUAGCCCCAGCAAGAGCAGUGCUUCGUAGAAUUUUCUGCCCGAUCGGAUUAGCGACCCACUGAAAAUGUCCGGCGAGAAACUCAGUGGGCUGUGCCUAUGGGGCGGUAGUUAAUAACAUAUUUGACCACAUAAAAUUGAAGGUAUCCUUUAUGAUAGUUGUAAUGUUAUUGCAACCAGGAAUUUUAUGUUUGAAACUCCGUAAAUACGCCUUUAAUAUCCCUAAAUAAAUAUAAAUUAAUUGUGAGUCAAAUAUUAAGUGUAUUGUCAAGAGGCCUGCCCUCUUCAUUAGUUUGAAGUAAACAAUGAUACAAA